AUGAAGCUUGAGAUUUGUUCUUUCUCCGGCCACAAGAUCUACCCUGCCAAGGGUAAGACUUACGUCCGUGUCGAUAGCAGAUGGACUGUUAUCUACCGUCGUUUGAACAAGAAGGGUAUCACUGAAGAAGUUCAAAAGAAGCGUUCUCGCCGUACUGUCAAGCAUGAACGUGCUGUUGUUGGUGCCUCUUGGGAUGCUAUCCGUGCUAAGCGUAACCAAAAGCCUGAUGCCCGUGCUGCUGCUCGUCAAGCUGCUAUCACCAAGUCCAAGGAAGCCAAGAAGGCUGCUGCUGCUGCUAAGAAGGCUGCCAACCCUGCUGGUUCUCAACCUAAGGUCAGCAAGCAACAAGCUAAGGGUUUCGCCCCUAAGGCCGCUGCCACUUCUCGUUAA